GUUUUCACUUUGUAUACCCGCCAUUUGUAUGUUACGCGGAUAUCACCUCCAAAAAUUAUUGCAGCACCACAAUUUCGCAUAUGGUCUCCCACUACACUACUCAGUGUGGCCCUAUGCAGCUUAACUAACGUUGAUCCGACGGGAAACAGUGCUUCCUGCAUGGUAUGGCCGCAACCGAUAUUUUACAUCGAAGAUACAUUAAGAAGUUUAAAAGUAACCUUAUUUUGUUUUUGUAAAUCUUUUUAA